AUUCCAUGCCGCUUGCGAUUGUUUAAUACAGCAAGAGCUUUUCAGCAAUCGACACUCACGACCUUGUCCGGUACGAAAAGUCGCCAAUCGGUUCGAAAACCAAGACAGUGAAUUCCACCUCGCCUUCCAUCCUUGGGAAGAGCAAGAACGACUCCCGUUCAUCAAAUCCACCCGAUAAUAUCCUUGGGGGAUGCGAUGAAUCCAUUGCCUCCCCUCCAUGUACAGACCGAUACGUCGGUCGGAGACAGUAGCUUGAGCACAAACAACGACGAGGAUGAAAAUCGUUCCGUCAACUCGGGGACGGGCUUCUCUAGAUACUCCCAGGGUGACCGUAGCUUGGCGAACCCGGUAGAAUUUUUUUCAGCGAUAAGCGGAACUUCGAACAUCCAGUACCCCCAAUGCACACCAACAUCAACAAAUCCUACACCUAGAUUUUCGAAUCGAACCCGUAUCCUCUCCAAUUCGGAAGCGGUAGCAAAUGUGGAACAUCUCGAUGGAGUAGCAGCAGUGGGUAACGAGUUGUUCCUUAAAAUCACAACACGUCCAAUUAUGUCGUGGUCGCCCAAAGUAGUCCAUGCCAAUGGGUCGUCCCAUACUAUGACGAUCGACCUCCCGGAAGAAUUUGUCAACAGCCGAACCAUUGUCAUUACUCAACAAGGAUGGCAAGACUUGUAUCACCUAGUAGCGACCGCUGUAGCCAAAAACACGUCUGAAUCGAUACUGCUCUUUUGGCUCUCGGGAUUUUUGCUCAUCAUCAUGGCUCUGAUUUUGCUGUUUGGAUUGGUGAAGGGAAUCGGGCCCCGCCUCGGCGUCAUGGUAGGUGUGCUUCUAUUUACAUCGUUCUGUGGGAUCACCCACGCGCUGAUAAGACGGGUUCGUGUCCACAACGCAGUUCGGAGGUGCGUUGAAGAAUGCUUUUACGAUGCGGAGGCGGCAGCAAACGCGAGUGCGAGGAAUGUUCUCGCCGACGCACGAGACAUCGAACGGCCGAUGCAGCAACCCAAGGAGCCGUCGCAAAAUCCCCCCUGCGAAAGCAGCGCAAACGAGAGAGAUACGACGAACAUGAGUGGCAUCCUCGAUGGUCUGCAAGAACUCGAAGACGUUGCCAACGUUGAUGGUGUUGAUAUUUCCACCGGGGGAUUCGGUCAAGCACUGCGGCAACGGCUGAAAUCGGGGGAUUCGUCAACACCCUCUCGUCCGAACCGACAGCGCCUGAACACGGGUGGGGACUCGUCGGUGUCAUCAGCCAUGAUAUUCGAUACCGAAGACCCUCGACGCAAUCGUGCUGUUUCACGUGAUGGAAUGUAUUGCGUUAGUUGGAAAUGGGAAAACUUGGGUAUGGACGCUGUGGUGAAGAUAUCAUGGGAAGAUUGAAUCGCAUAGCGAUUGCGCGAAUGUUGCCAAAAAUUGUUUGCAGAGAAAGGAAUGGUACAAUAUGCACAUGUAGUACUUUCACGAAGAGACCCGAGUUGAAAGCAGGUGUAGUCCAAACGACAUGAUGAUUCCAAUUCAAGAGCAAGGCCAAUGUAGAUCGAUCACACCUUGCCCGAGUCACAAAAUGGUGAAAUUCAAACCAAUCGGCGAAGAAUCAUCGCACUCUCCGCCUAGCUCAUUUAUUGCAGUUUGUGUAGAAGUUGUAAUAUUCAGUUACAACAAAUACCUUAAAUUAGAAUUAUGUUUUUACAUUUAUAUUCAUAACUUUGAUUCUGAACACCUUUCAUGUACUUUAAUUGUAAGAACACUUUUACCUUUCCGUUGUUUAUUGUGUCUGCGAAUAGAACCGUGAGCAAAUUUUGAAAUGGCAUCAACGAUGCAUUCACUCACGAGAUACGCAACUUAAUAACUUUUUUUGGAGCUCGAGCAUCAUCUCCUAUUAUGAAGGUUUUGAACCAUCUCUGUYGUCAACUCUUGAUUCCUCUCAAUUAUGUUAACUGGUCAAGAUGUGAGGUGUGCGCAGUCGUUGUGAAGGAAGAAUGCUAGGUCUACUAGUGAAAGAGGUUAUGGACAAAUGUAUUUUUUAUCAAUGCUGGCUACGAAUUAUGAGUGCAAAAAUAUACGUAGAUGAAGUUAUGAAGGAUCAGACCGUUCGGUGGAAGGUUUCAAAUUGCAACAAUAGGGACAAAAAUGGUUGAUAGGAGUUACCCUAUUGAUGGAAGACAUUGCUCAGGUGAUGGCAGUGAAGUAAAAAAUUGUGUCGUACAAAUGUAUCCAUUUGCGGAGAAAGCUGCAUAAAAUAAAUUAAUCCUUGUCACGAGAACGUUUUCCAGAAUUGCUUCCUCCAAUUGACAAUCGCUUUUGGUUGCGGAAAGAGUGACUGACCUUGUCACGAGCAACCUCCGGAUCGACCGGAAUCCACCGGUUGAAACGAUCCUGCUUCAGAAAUCGCCCACCGUUGUCGUAGAUGACUGCAACGACCUCGCGGAUGAGUUGGGUCUUCGCACCCUUUUGAGGGAUUUGCUCGUAUCGGGCACGGAAGGUUUCCACGACGUUGCGGUAAUGAAUAUUGCCUUUGUGA